AUGAUGUCUAUGGGUUUCAUGCCUGACAGUCUGAAUGCCUCCGAUCCCUCCAAAUCGGCCUUUCUAGAGUUCGGCCACGGACAUCCGGCACACCAGCAGCACUCCCCCGGACUCUCUCACAUUUACCCCGUUCAUGGCUUGCACGCUGCUGGGCAUUCCCAGCACGAAAGUCCUUUUCCUGCCAGCGCGUCCUACGGCCGCUCUUUGGGCUACGCCUACCCCGGCGCGGUGAACACUCAUCCCCCGUCUGCUUACAUGCCCUACCAGCACAGCAGUCACAGCAGCAGCAGCAGUCUGGCCCACAGCAGAUUAGAGCAGACAGAUCGCGAGAAGUCCACGGGGAUUGAGAACAGGGACAUUCGCCUAAAUGGCAAGGGGAAGAAAAUCCGGAAGCCUCGGACCAUUUACUCCAGUCUGCAGCUGCAGGCUCUGCACCAGCGCUUCCAGCAGACCCAGUACCUGGCCUUACCGGAGCGCGCAGACCUGGCGGCCAAACUGGGGCUCACCCAGACUCAGGUGAAAAUAUGGUUUCAGAAUAAGCGCUCCAAGUAUAAAAAGAUCAUGAAGCAUGGCAGCGGAUCAGAGGGAGAACAUCUCCACAGCACCAGCUCCAUCUCCCCCUGCUCUCCCGGGCUGCCCCAGCUUUGGGAGGUUUCCAUGGCGAACAAAGGAGCCUCAGUGCACCCAAACAAUUAUAUGAACAGUUUUGGUCACUGGUAUCCAAACCACCAUCCUCAUCAGGACUCGAUGCCGAGGCCUCAGAUGAUGUGA